CUAGUGUUAAAAUGUGAUGAAUGCACGUGGAUUCUAUGAAGAAAGCUCGAGUAAGCUCGGUGUAUGAAGGCAAAGAGAGAAAUAAAUCAAGAAAAGGAGAGGAAACUCGAAAGGAUCAUUCAAAACACGCGAGAAUGACCGCGAAAGCUCGAAUGAACGUUCACAAAGAGAGCAUGAAAUAUCUUCCUAAACAUAAGAAACCGAUGAUGAUCAUGAAGUCGAUGAGAAAGAACGAAGAGAAGCUAGAUGAUCCAAAAAGUGUUGUUGCUAGGGUUCUUGAAAAGGAAAAAGUGGAGAAGAAGGAUGAUGUUGCGGUGAAGAAUUUGGAGGAAAAGACGGAAAUGCCCUUUUCAGGGUUGGUCGAGGAUUGGCCGCAAACGUUAACUUAUGAAGAGGAGUGGACGUGGUUCGCGUUUGCGUUCGGGUGGGGAUGGUGGUGGCGUUAUGACGCGGUCAUGAGUGGUGAGAGUUGGUUUAACUAAGACUUGUAAUGAAAGGGUUUUUCUCACAAUCUAUUUUAGGUUGGUGCACUGAGAUAUCGACCUAGCUAGAUCAUAGUAUCUUCUUAAAGGAUUGAAUUUCAUUUUUUGCAUAUCCUU